AAAUAAGUAUAAGUUAGCUCUAUGUCUACAGUACUUGCAUUCCGAGUUUCACGUUCGUAAACAAACCCAUACCAGCACCAAGAAAAUCCCGUCAUCACGAGCCCAAGUCCAACAAACCAGCCAGCAUGUGAUAAAGGGCUGGGUUCAGCCUUGUCCCCAGCUAGCCUCACCCACCGUCACGCCGCCGAUAACAUCUCCUAUCCAAUCAGCGUCCCCGGCCAGACCAUCCGGCGUGCCUCGGCCCCGUCCCGAGCACCAAAAAAAAGAGGCUCUUAUCACACCACGAAAUCAUCAUCGAGCUCCACAACGUCCCGAUAAAUGGCAGUCGGAGGCCAAUGGGAACGGGUUGCGGCGUGGUUGAGGGUCCAGAUGUGCUCGGAAUACCUCGGUCCAAUGUGAGCACGGCGGAGAGGAUUGUGAACGCCGUGAUGCAUAUUGGCUUAUAGUUGAGGCCCGUCUUGCCACUAUUUUUCUCCUGAUAUAUAUCCUUUCCCCAGACUCUUUCUCCAGACUGUAAUCCGUAUAUUUUCGCUUGACAGGUGUCCACCAGCGAACUCGCUUUGAAAUAUCGUGCUUGGGAUAGAAGAUUCAACUAAAACAAAACACCACAAACGCAGCUAUGAGCCCCAAGGGAGAUUUCGCGGCCGUCCGCAAGGACAUCAAGGCCCUCCUCAACCAGCCAGAAUACGAUGAUGGCUCUGCAGGCCCAGUCCUCGUCCGCCUCGCAUGGCACUCGUCCGGAACCUACGACAUCCGCACCGACACCGGUGGCUCCAACGGCGCCGGCAUGCGCUACGAGAUCGAAGGCGGCGACCCCGCGAACGCCGGCCUCCAACACGCCCGCGUCCUCCUCGAGCCCGUCAAGGCCGCACACCCAUGGAUCACCUACGCCGACCUGUGGACACUCGCCGGCAAGGUGGCGCUCGAGGAGGCUGGUGGUCCUGAGAUCGCGUGGCAGGGAGGGCGUACCGAUUACGUCGACGAUAGCAAGAUCAAGGAGAUCCGCGGCAGGCUGCCGGAUGCGGCGCAGGGAAGCGAUCAUUUGAGGAACAUCUUCUACAGGAUGGGGUUUAAUGAUCAGGAGAUUGUGGCGCUGAGCGGUGCGCAUACGCUUGGGAGGUGCCAUGGGGAUCGUUCGGGGUUCGAGGGGAAGUGGGUUAACAACCCGACGAGGUUCUCGAACCAGUACUUUAAGCUGCUGUCGACGCUGGAGUGGGAGCCGAGGACGCUGGCAAGCGGUGUCAAGCAGUUUGGGUAUACGGAUGAGGAUACCGAGACGGAGCUGAUGAUGUUGCCGAGUGAUAUGGCGUUGUUGGCUGAUAAGGGAUUUGAGCCGUGGGUGAAGAAGUACGGUGCGGAUAAGGAGCUGUUCUUCAAGGACUUCGCGGCCGUGUUCGCGAAGUUGAUGGAGUUGGGCAUUAAGAGGAAUGAGAGGGGUGAGGUCACGAACUUGGAUAACGAGAAGGGUGGAUAUAUCUCGGCGCCGAAGAAGGCUGAUACCCCUGGCUACAAGAAGCACUCCGGUGAUGAUGGACAGCCCGUUGCGGAGGCUGAGGGCCUUGAGAAGAAGAACGCACAGUACAGAUCGAGAUUGUAAGGGUGUAGACAGAGACGUAUGGUUGUAUGAUUUAAUGGUUGCAGCGGGUUACUACUCUGCCUUUUGGGGAAUUAGAAGAAUAGAUGGGUUGGAUACACAAUUAGACUAGACAGAGACAUAGAGAGAAUAAAAGGCUCG